CGUUCACUCUGCAAUGAGAGGCAACGCUGGUUCACUGUAGAAGGGGUUUAUCUGGUUUAUCGUUUUCGUAUCGUUUUCGUUUAUUUUAAGCUAACAGAAAGAAUGUUGUUUGUAAAAUGCGGUCUGAUAUUUGCUCUGCUGUAAGUAUAGAGACUUUUUAAACCUGCAUUUAUUUAAAUAAAAAGAUCAGACCAGAUCAGUGACAGCUUGGUAUAGUGUUUUCUCAGUCUCAAGGCUGAAUUAAAUGAAAAUGAAAAUGGUUUUACCUCAUUAGUUGUGAAUGCAGGAUGCAUAUUUCAUGGAAGGGACAAAAAGCUUUUUCCUAAUACAAUAAGAGAACUUGAAGAUACCUUCAUCAUGACCCUGUCAGAUUUCAUUGGAGCCCUGAAGGACAACCCUUACUUUGGGGCAGGAUUUGGACUAGUUGGUAUUGGCACAGCACUUGCAUUUGCCAGAAAGGGGGCCCAGGUGGGCAUGAUCUUUUUUAGAAGACAUUACAUGAUCACACUGGAAGUCCCAAGCAGAGAUAAAAGCUAUCACUGGCUUUUAAGCUGGAUCACUAAACAUGCCAAACACACCCAGCAUCUGAGUGUAGAGACAUCAUACAUGCAGCAUGAGAGUGGACGAGUCCAUACGCAGUUCGACUUCCAUCCAAGCCCAGGCAACCACAUCAUUUGGUAUGGCAGGAAGUGGAUCAGAGUGGAGAGGACCAGAGAAAAGCAGAUGGUGGACCUGCACACUGGAACACCCUGGGAGUCCGUCACCUUCACGGCUCUGGGUAGAGAUCGGCAAAUAUUCUUCAACAUACUUCAAGAAGCACGUGAACUUGCCUUAAAGCAGGAAGAGGGCCGAACUGUGAUGUACACUGCACUUGGAGCAGAGUGGAGGCCGUUCGGGUUUCCAAGGCGGCGACGACCACUGUCUUCAGUAGUGCUGGAGAAUGGUGUGGGGGAGAGGAUUGUGGAUGAUGUAAAGGAGUUCAUUGGCAAUCCUAAGUGGUACACUGACAGAGGCAUUCCAUAUAGGAGGGGAUAUCUGCUGUAUGGACCCCCAGGCUGUGGAAAGAGCAGCUUUAUAACUGCGCUAGCAGGCGAGCUGGGUUACAGCAUCUGUCUGAUGAGUCUCAGUGACCGCAGCCUAUCUGACGAUCGCCUCAACCACCUGCUGAGUGUCGCACCACAGCAAAGCAUCAUCCUGCUAGAGGACGUUGAUGCAGCCUUCGUCAGCCGGGAGCUGCUGCCCACAGAGAAUCCACUGGCCUAUCAGGGCAUGGGAAGGCUCACUUUCAGUGGACUUCUGAAUGCUCUGGAUGGAGUGGCAUCCUCAGAGGCCCGAAUUGUGUUUAUGACAACUAAUUUCAUUGAGAGACUUGAUCCGGCUCUUGUCCGACCGGGCCGUGUUGAUCUGAAGCAGUACGUGGGCUACUGCUCUCACUGGCAGCUGACUCAGAUGUUCAGGAGGUUUUACCCUCACGAGUCUGCAGCUGAAGCGGACCGUUUUGCCAAGCAAGCGCUGGCAGCGCACACAGAACUCAGUGCUGCUCAAGUGCAAGGACACUUCAUGCUUUACAAGACAGACCCAGCUGGCUCCAUCAAAAACAUUUCAGAGAUGAAGGAGUGAAGACUACUGAGGCAAUACAGACUUUUGUAUGAUGUACACUUAGCAACAGGCGAGUGAGAAAUUGAAUGAAUGAGUCACCUUCAUUAAGGGAUUUCAUACUGGAGUAAUAAAAUUCAACU